CCCGAUGUCACCACAGCGAAUUGCACUCCUUCUUAUCAUCGGGCUUCUCGUCGAUUAGCUGCAAAUCUCCAGACCUUUCGAGAAGGGCGGAUAUCGGUCACGGUUGGGAGCGUAUGGGAUCAUGGGUAUCAAGAGGUCAGUCUGUUGGGCAUAGUGGCUCUAGUAUGGUUUCUCGCAGACAUCUUCCCGAAUGUACCGAUAGAGGACCGAAAGCUCUAUGAAACUGGAAGCGGUUAUCACAACGGAGAUCUCACAUACACGUUUGACAUUGCGAAGGAUGGCGAAUACGUGAUCGUGUUGAAGUUCUCCGAAGUAUAUUUUCAAUCUUCUGGACAAAAGGUCAGAAUUUAUAGAACAUUCCUUAUUCACGAAGCACGAAACAUGAAAGCAGACAACACUUAUAUG